CGUAUCACAUGAAUUUUGUUUGGAAAAUGUUCUUAAUUUAAAAGACUAUAAAAUUACUAUGCCUUUUUUCUUUCUGGACCCCCUCCUGCCGACGACGGCUUUUUCAUGUGUGCUAUUUUAUUAUGUGUCCCGGAUUUUAAUGCAGUUCCCCACUUUCUAAAUUAAGAUGCUUUUUUGAACAGUUUAAUGGAAUGAACAAGAGACAAUAAUAUUAACGGCACCGCACAAGCAUAGGCGCUAGUUUAUACGGUUGUAUUUGUGUUUUAUAGUUUUUGUAUUUUUAGGAGUUUCCAUUCCAGAUUCCAGCAUUUUUUAAACUGCAGCAUGAUCUACUAGGAAUGAUGUUAUCCAGGGUGUUUUCAUUGAACCUGGAUGUGGCAAGUAGCAAGGAUCAGCAGAUAUCAGAGGUAGUGACCCAUGCAACACCACAAGAAGUUCCGCUGUUCAGGAAUCGUUCCAUUCGGCAAAUAGCCUGUGGAUCGCAGCAGACUGUUUUUGUUUUAGGUGAUGGAACAGUUUACACUCAUAAUAGCGAACAAGGUGAUGUCAUACCAGAGCGUAUGUCUUCUCUGGAUACAUUCUCCAUUGUGCAAGCUGCCUGUGGGGAUGGACACAGUGUGGUCUUAAGUAAUAAAGGUCAUAUAAUUAGUUGGGGUCAUGACUUAAAAGGUCAAUGUGGUCAUGGUACAGUGAGCAACAGCCUGAAACCAAGGGUUAUAAAAUCUCUCUCAAUGGAAUUUAUCAUACAAGUCUCCUGUGGUUCCAAUCACACACUGGCUCUUGCAAAAAGUGGCAAAGUGUUUGCUUGGGGUGACAACAGCAGAUUCCAGUUGGGAUUUAGCACUAAUCCUGAGCACACCUGUGCUAAACCAACUAAAAUUGCAUGCUUGAGUGAUCUGCCAAUCAAGCAAAUAUCCUGUGGAGGUGAUCACUCCCUCGCUCUGACGUUUAGUGGUACUGUCUUCGGUUGGGGAUGCAAUGAAUCAGGACAGCUUGGACAAUAUGAUGCAACAGCCAGUAUCAGAAAAGGCGGUGCUACAACUAUGAACCAAUCAACUGGACCACCGUAUCCUGAUUUUAAGGCUGUGAAAGGGACGGACACCAUAACGUCUCAUGGUGUAUCAAAACUGAUUGAAACUGAGUGGCAUGCUAUUUCAGCUAUGCCAGCAUAUAUUGAUAAAUCAUUUGAGGAGCUUCGUUAUGAAUACAGGUCAAUUUCAGUCUCUACCUUACCACACAAAUUGGAUUUUCUGCGAGACAAGCAAAUUUCCCACAUUGUCUGUGGACAGCAUCAUUCAGUUUUUCUCUCAUUGACUGGUAUGGUAAUUAGCUUUGGGAAGGAUUCCAAGGGCACUAUCGAUAAUUGGGCUCAAAGAUUUGUAGAACUAAAAGAAGACAAAAAGAUUAUAUGUGGGAAACAGCACACCUUGGCAUUUAUACCUUCCAGCAAUAAUCUUUAUAUAUUUGGUCCAAAAUCAAAAGACGACUCCAACCUCACCUUAGUGGUAGUUCAUGAAUCAUUGUAUAAGUAUAUGUAUGGUGAAACUGUGGACAUUAAUCAGAGUUCUGUCGUUUACAAUAUUUUUUGCGGUGGAAGUACCUGCUAUUUUGCCAUAUCUGAAUCACCGGAGCGGUUAAGCGCAGCAGUUGCGAUCCUGCUUCUUAACCAUGACAUCGAAGGUUCGAUCACUCGCUGUGCAUUUCGGCUGUGUCCUUGGGCAAGGCACUUUACCUACGGUUGUCUCGCUCUACCCAGGAGUACAAGAGGCUACCUGUCUAACAAGGAGUGCAAUCCAAAUUCUGGUAAAGAGAACGAACAGUUUUCAAGUGAAAUGAUUUAUCACCUAGAUGAAAAAUCAAUAUCGCAACUUACAGCCAUAUCAAAUUUAUCAGUAGUUCCAAAAAAUAUUGCAAUAAUCAUCCAGAAGUUGUUCUCAUCAUCAGCUUGUUUGAAUAGAUCAUUUCUUACAAGUGAUCAUUAUUGCUGCAGCGAAGAGAACCCAGGCUUUGAUCUGGUUAGAGCAAGAAAAGCCCUCAAAACAUUGUCUAGCAAACAUAAUAUCUUAAUACAGAUUUCUCAGGUAAUACAUUCUCAACUGUGUCCUAGUCUAUCUGAGUCGCCCACUGACGUAGAGGCCAUUAGACUCUACCUGUUACUAAUGGAAUGUCCAACAAUGCAAUUUCCUGAAUUGUAUCUCAGAUCUAUUUUCAGUAUUACUAAAGCAAUGUGUAAACUUUCACCUGAGAUGUCAAAGGUUAUUGAUACAUGGAUUGGAAAUCUCCUUCCUGAACAUUUACAGCAUCUCAUAAGUAUUUUCAAAAAUGUGAUUGUAUAUUUGGUGUUGAAACAAAUGGAAUCAACAACGCUUUUAAUAUUCAAACCUGAAUUCAACAUAAACAUUGCCCUGGAUAUGCUCAAGAAACUCUACAAGAUUAAUGAAGAGAAAAAGGAGAUUGUACUGUACACGUCUUUCUACGUUCCCGAGAUGAAACUUCUCUUGGAAUGGUUACAUGCACAUGGAUUGCAACAAGUAAUUAACAUCUAUGAUUACCCAUUCAUUCUGGAGAACAAUGUGAAGAUGCAGAUCAUCGUAUACGACAGCUUGGUAAAGAAAGAGAUAGCAAUGAGGGAUGAAAUGCAGCUGCAGAUGUUCAACCAGAUGAUGAUGGGGAACAUGCUCUUGAACCCAGCAUUCGUCACUCCGCUAGUCUUGACCAUCAACAGACAGAACAUUGUAGCCAGUACUCUGAUGCAGCUCAACAGCCAACAGCAAGACUUCAUGAAACCAUUGAAGGUGAAAUUUGAAAAUGAACAUGGAAUCGAUGAUGGCGGUGUUCGCAAGGAAUUCUUUCUGCUGGUAUUCAAAGAAAUUCUUGAUCCAAAAUUUGGGAUGUUCAAAGAAUUUAGCAAAGCACAAACAAUUUGGUUCAACCCUCAGUCAUUCGAGGAUAGGUCAAUGUUCCGGUUGGUUGGUGUACUGUGUGGUUUAGCGAUUUAUAAUCAAGUUAUUGUGGAUCUCCCCUUCCCACUGGCACUGUACAAAAAACUUCUCAAAAGGCCAGUGUAUCUAACAGACUUCAAGGAAUUAGAUGAAGGAAUGGCGGGGAGCUUGCAAGAUCUCCUGGAUUACGAUGAUUAUGAUCUACAGGAUGUAUUCGAAUUGUACUUCCAGAUAUCAACAGAAUUCCUUGGACAAGUACGUAUUGUUGACCUUAAGAAAGGGGGCAUGGACAUUCCUGUAACCUAUGAUAAUAAACAGGAGUAUGUGGACCUCUAUAUUGACUAUAUCUUCAAUGAAUCAGUCAAGGAUCAAUAUAGUGCUUUUGCAGAGGGGUUCUUACAGGUCUGUGGUGGACCAGUACUACAAAUGUUUCAUCCACAGGAGCUUAUGGCUAUGGUCGUUGGCAAUGACAUUUAUGAUUGGGAAGAAUUUGAACGUUUGGUUGAAUACCGAGGCAUCUUCAACAAGGAACAUAAGACUAUUAAAUUCUUCUGGGAGGUUUUUCAUGAAUUCACAUUACAGGAAAAGAAGAAAUUUCUAGCUUUCUUAACAGGUAGUGAUCGGAUUCCAGUGCAGGGCAUGUCUCAGCUAAAAGUGAUUUUCCAACCAGUGUUUGGAAGCACAGACUUCCUACCAGCGGCUCAUACCUGCUUUAACUACCUUGAUUUACCUUUGUACGAAAGCAAAGAAAAAAUGAGAGAGAAGUUGAUGAAGACUUUGGAAUAUGCUCAAGGAUUUGGGCUUCUGUAAUCUUGUCACAAAUUUGUAUUAAAGGUGAAGGACUUUAUUGCUUAGUGGAGGUGCAAUCAGAGACUCUGUAUACAUUAUAUGAAAUCAAUUUGAAUAAUGUGAACACACAAGUUUAUGAGAACUUAAAAAUGGUCAUAAUCAGAGACAGAUUUAGGAUAGGGGUGGGGGUGGUAGUACUGUACUUUCAUCUUUCGUUUUUCAAAAGAAAAAAGUACAAAAUGGCAUACAAAUAAUAAUAAUAAUAAUAGUACUUAAUGCUACAAUAUUUCAUAACAGCGUAUACUGAAUAUGAAUCAUACUAUUAUUGGAUUCUUAUUUAUCUGUAUAAUUAUAUUACAUCUAGGCCUAUAUGAAGGUUUAAAUAAUUCUGUAUCUGCCCCUGAUAAUCACAUCCUUAAUGGGAAACCUCAUAUUAAUAAUUAUAAUACUGUGUAUUGUUUAUAGUGCAUCAUUAUGAUCCAUCAAAUAUGCUAAUGAGGCUUUCAGAAAAUUGGCAAAGAUGAUAAAAUAUAUAAAGGAAAGUAGUGAGUAUUACUGCCCCCCUUAUUAAUUUGUCCCACAACCCUGCUUUUACACAAUUUCACACAACCUAAUCUAAUACAGUAUUUGUCUACUCACCGAAAUAUAGGAACUUAAAUUGCAUGAUGCUAUUAAAUAUUUGAAUGCGACUCAA